AUGUCAUCUCCUAUCAUCACAAAGACCGUGCCGUCCAUUUCAGAUGUGUCAGAAAUUGCCAAAUCCAUGCAUCAAAUGAUGACUUCUGAUGGAAGGUCCUCGUACACUCAAAGCGACCUUAUGGAGAUGAUGCAUCUGGGAUCUAUCAAAGAGUUGAUGUCCAAUGCUCAGGAACUUUUAAACAAGGGUCUAUUGAAAAUUUUGGAAUCUUCGCAAAGAGAUUCUAAAGAGAAGGGGUUAAUGUUUGCUCCUAUUUCGGAGCAAGAGGCACAGAAGGUGAAUACUAUGUCCAAUGACGAAGCUAUGAUAUAUUCUUACAUUGCAGCAGCAGAUAGAGAAGGAAUUUGGACCAAGACACUUAAGGCGAAAACAAACUUACAUCAGCAUGUCGUUUUGCGUUGCCUAAAAGCUUUAGAGUCACAGUCUUACAUUAAAUCUGUCAAGUCUGUCAAGCAUCCACAGAGGAAAAUAUAUAUGCUUUAUCACUUGACCCCCUCCAUAGAGGUGACGGGAGGCCCUUGGUUUACAGACUCAGAAUUAGAUACAGAUUUUAUUGAUUCGUUAUUGAUUAUUGUUUGGAAAUUCGUCGCCUCAAAGACUUAUCCUCGCUGUUUUAAGAAGAAAGGUAUAAUCUUUAACGGAAGAAAACAGUACAGUUAUCCUGCAGAUAUUUUGUCUGGAUUGGGCUGUCAAUUGCCAACGAUCACCGAGAUUAGUAAAUUUAUUGCCGGUUCUGGUGUCACUACUGUGGACUUGAGUUUAUCGGAUAUCAAAUCUCUAUGUGACGUUCUUAUAUAUGACGAGAAGCUCGAAUUAGUCGACGAACACUGCUAUAAGUCUACGUGGCAAAGUGUGCUCGAGGCCGGUGGUGGUAGAGUCGAAGGCGUCGACGUGUACGCUCCGCAGAAUGAUCAGAUCUUCAGCAUCAAAGACGCUUAUAGAACUGUAGAGGCCGUUAGUGGAGGUGACAAUGCCGAGCAUCCUGCCACGGAUGACGAAAAUCAUCGUACUCGUUUCUACCUGAAUUCGUGGAGCGCUGUUUAG